AUGGCUUGCAAAAAACACAUGUUCUGUAAUUCUGUUCUUCAAAAGAUGAUAAUUGAUCGUCAACGAUUUCGUUCAAUUUUGACAGUGUUUAGUUUUAUAUUAUUUUUAUUUUUCAUAUCAACUUUAACAAAAAAUUCCCUGCUCAACGACAAUUCUGAUACUAUAACAGUACGAAAUGAAUCAAAACGAAAGCAUUCGCAUAUCCUUCCCCAUCUACCAUCGUCAUGCCAUUCAUUAUUUUUAACCUACGAUGAUUUAAUAUUAGAUAAAUAUCAUUUGAGAAAUAGCAUCGGCAUACCAUUUAUUAUUCAUCAAACAUGGAAAUCUUAUGAAUUACGUUCAAAACAAAAAAAUUGGACUAGUACAUGGUGUAAAAAUCAUCAAAAUCAAAAAUGGACUUAUGUUUUAUGGACAGAUGAUGAUAAUAGACGUUUAGUUCGCGAUUAUUUUCCAUUUUUCUUAACUAUGUAUGACUCAUUAACACCAUUUGUAUGUAAAGUGGAUGUUGUUCGUAUAAUGUACAUGUAUUUAUUUGGUGGCGUGUACAUUGAUUUAGAUUAUGAAUCAUUAAAACCAAUUGAUGAACUAUUAUAUAAACGUAAACUUAUAUUUGGUAUGAUGACAUAUGAUUAUGGAACAAAAGAAAGUUUUCCAAAUUCAUGGUUUGCAUCGGAAGCUAAACAAAAAUUUUGGCUAUUCGUUUUAGCUAAAAUUUGGGAUAGAUGGGAAUUAAAACCAAAUUAUAAUGUCAAUUUUAAUACAGGUCCAAAUUUGUUAUUUGACUCAAUUGAAAUGUAUAUAAAAUCUCAAUUAUUAACAUCAAAAUCAUUUGAUGAGCUAAUUCCAAAACAAAAUAAUAAAAUUGUUGAAUUAUGUAAUAUGACAUUUUUACCACCUCAUUAUGUCAAUGCUUAUGAUUGGAAAGCCAUGCGAGAUUUACAACCAAUAUGUUCACCGGAAAGUCAAACAUUUAAUCCUGAUGAAUGUAAAUUAAAAUUGAAACCUCUCUAUGCUAUUACAUAUUGGUCACAUACACAUGGAAGAGGAAAUGAUGAAAAAAAAAAUUAUCUUCAAUAA